AUGAGUAGGAUCCUGGAGAGCGAAAAUGAAACAGAAAGUGACGAAAGCUCCAUUAUAUCCACUAAUAAUGGGACGGCCAUGGAAAACUCAAGAAAUAAUUUGGAAAUAAAAUCGUCUACUCACACCGUUCAAAAUAGAUUAGAACUUUUUAGUAGAAGAUUAUCACAGCUUGGAUUAGGAAGUGAUGUUUCUGUGAACCAGCAAGUAAAAAAUUCAUCUACUAGCACUUAUGAACAGAAGGAGAUGACUAAGAUAAAUGCACAGGAAAUCGAACAAAAGAGCGGCAAAAAAGAAGUAAAUACUCAAAAAAUUCAGAUAAAAUUUCAACCUAUUGGAUCCAUUACACAGUUAAAACCUUCUGUUUGUAAGAUCUCAAUGUCACAAUCUUUUGCAAUGGUACUUUUAUUUCUCAAAAGACGGCUGAAGAUGGAUCAGGUUUAUUGUUAUAUAAAUAAUUCUUUUGCCCCCAGUCCACAACAAAAUAUUGGAGAGCUUUGGAUGCAAUUCAAAACCAAUGAUGAACUUAUUGUAAGUUAUUGUGCAUCGGUGGCUUUUGGUUGA